CCUUGGUAGAUAAAAACAACCAAAGACCUUUCUGGAUGACGAUUUCGGGGCCUGUUUGGGAGACACCCAUUGCAUCCAAAUUGCAUUGGAUUUUGUUUCCACUCCCAAAUUCCCAUAAAACCCAGAAAAAAUUCUGGGUUUUCUUCUAUCUUCCUGCUUCCUCCUUCUGAGGCAUUGGCAAUGAAAACAAGCAAAACUCUUGCCUUUUUCCUUUCCUUUGGGUGGCUUUUCACUAUCAAAAACCAAUAAAGGAAAGGUGCUUUUAAAUUUUUUUUUUUUUUAAUUUUUAUUCCUUCCUUUACUUCUUUCAGAGUAGAUUUGGAGCUGGUUCCUUUUUUGCAAAGGCAGGAAGUUGGGUUCCUUUCUUCAAUGGAAAGAUUGGAUUUUUGUAGCUGCUUUUAAUCAGUUCGAGUUCAAGGAACUUGAAUCAUUUCCUUUUCAAUCCUAACCAGAAAAGAAUAUUGUUCUUUUUUUUUUUUUCCUUCUACAAAAUUUUUGAUUUUUUUUUUUUCUGUUGGGUUAUGAGAUGGGUUUUAUGAACUUGUUGUAAUCAGUUCCAAUUCAGGGGAUUUUGAUGAGGGUUUUGUCUUACAAGUUCCACUGCCCUUCCUUCAUUUGCUUCUGUAAAUCAUCCGCUCUUCCCAUUUUCUCUCCUUGCCCAUUGAAAUUGGAAAAUACCCAUCAUGUCUCUUCGGCUCCUGAUGCUGUCGGGCAGUUGCCAGAUGAGAAGGAGAAGGUUGAGGCUGACAAGGAGAGAGUAGAUGGGGAAGUUUUUGAAGUAGAGGACGACGUUGAUGUUGAGUUUUUGCCCAAGAGCAGCCUCAAGAAGCCAGUGUCGGGAUCAGAUCCAAAAGAGGUCGAGAAGGGGAGAGUGCAGUGGAUGGAUUUCUUAGGCAAAGAACUUGUUGAGAUCCGGGAAUUCGAGCCAAGAGAGGAGAAGCAUAAAUUUGCUAAAUGGAGGGAAUAUUGUCUUUAUGGUUUGGUUUGAAUUGUGUGCGACCCCUGGAGAUUUGAUGAUGGAGAGAUUCGGAAGAAGCAGCAUGGUAUGGAUGGCUGAAGUUGGAUCUGUCCUAUUUUCAUCAGGGGGAAUGAAUGGCAUUUCUUUUCCUGAAGUUGGGUAUCUGAUGUGAUUCUAAAGGAUCGUGCGAUAUUGCCAUUUGAUAUGGAACCUGAACUGUCAUUUUUUAUUUGGAUGAUACGACUCGUGUAAUGUAUGAUUUCUUAUGGUUUCAAUUCAUUACUAGAUCUAAUUUCACUCAAUGAAGGCUUAAAACUUAAACAAAUGAAAGGUAAGAAUACAAGAAUAGCAUGAUUGACCGUCUUGGUAGGAAAGAAAGAUUCAUGACUCAUGUCCUAUAUGAUUUGAAGGCUGGUUGUUUGGAAAUGGCCAUUUGCCAGUUGCUAUUUGUAGGCACCAAUUUAUUUAUUUAUUUAGUACAGCCAAAGAAUUUCUGGUGCAUUUAGGGUGAGAGAUGCUUGAUAUUAGAGUUAACUUGGGGGAAUAGCUUGGUUGUUGAUAUUGGGAUGGAGAAGAGAACCCUACAUCUUGUUGUUCGAUUAAUAAAUUGCAAUCAGGAUAAUGUUUCAAUUUAUUACCCUGCCAUGCCUUUUUGGGAACAGGGACUCUUAACUAUCUUUGGGUCUUGGUGAUGGAGACUGCAGAUGCU